AUGAGGGUGUUAGAAAGACAUCGGCUUAGCCGAAUUAGGCAUCAGCCGGAAUUAUCACCCCCGUCGACAGGGUGUUUGGGCGGUACAUCUGUUUUCCGAUUAUUCAGAACUCUCUCGACCGUACUACCCGCAUGUUUUCUUAUCUUUUUGUGUCUUAUAUCAAUCGCCUUUGUUUUACCCAGUUUUCUGUUCAACGAACUGCUCCCGCCACCACUUCUUCAUGGACCAAUCACAUUUCGGAGAGGAAAAAGCUCGGAGAAAUAUCCAUGGGAUAAUCAACGGAUGGAUUCAAAUUUGCAGGAAAGCAAACGAAUUCUGGCAUCGGUGAGACGAGAUUUGCUUGAGGCUGCUGGUCAACUGAAAAAUGUUAAUUUGGAACAUGAGAUAAUUACGAAACAAAUGACUGAUGCAAGAAAUGAAUUAAAAAUCCUACUGCUAGACAUUGAAGAUAUGGAAUUAUACCGUCGAGAAUUGAUGGCUAAAAACCGUGUACCACUAUAUCUUCCUGCAGCUCCUGCUGUUACAUUCAGUGAUGGAUACAAGGAAAAAGUAACAAUCACGAGUCCGAGCGUAGCUUCAUUCGAGGCAGUCUUCGACUUCAGCAAGUGUUCAAUAGCUGGAAAUUUCGGUAUUUAUGUUUACCAACCUGGCGAGAAUGCGUCAGAACACGCUAUGAGUUAUUACAAUUUAUUCAGCCAAUUUCGUAUGGUAAUUAAUCGACCAAAUGAUGCAUGUAUUUUACUUGCAUUCGUGGAUAACACAAACGAUGUAAAAUAUUUGAAGUACUGGAAUAACGGUCAAAAUCAUGUCCUUCUAAAUGUUGGUAUCAAUCCGCUCUCAUAUUAUCCGAAUUCAGUUAUUGUUUCUGCAGUGUACGAUCGCAAGAAGUUUAAAGACAGUUUCGAUAUAUCUGUGAAUGUAAGAGUUCCUAACUAUAACAAAGAUCACUGGAAGCAGUUAUCUUCUCUGUUGCCUUUGACAAGAAAAUAUCUGUUGUCAUGUGUUGGUGCAAUAUCGGACGUUUCAUCAACCGUGAAAGAACAACUGGAAUUAUUGGCAAGUUCAGCUGAAUCUGUUGGCGAUCAGAUAUUUCUGGAUAUCAGUUGCAAAGAAAACUGCACUUCAAGAAAUAAUGUUUACCCUGAAUCUAUGUUCGCUCUUAUACUUUUCCAAACCGGACAGAGCCCCACAGCCAUCUUCCACGAUCAGUUACUCGCUGCCCUCCAGUAUGGAGCUAUACCGGUAAUAACCACGUUACUGCCACCUUUGCCUUUCAUGGAUUUACUGGAUUGGCGACGAGCUGUAUAUACUUUACCAUUGCAACGAUUACCUGAAUUGCAUUUUAUCUUACGUUCUUUUGCACCCUCUGAUAUUUUGGAGAUGAGGCGUCAAGGACGAUUUUUGCUGGAAAAUUAUCUUAUCGACAAAAAGAAUUCAAUAGUAUCUAAAGAAUUCUCAGUAUAUGUUAUAUUUUUUGCAGUAGUUGCUGAAACAUUGAUAGCAGCAUUAAGAUUCCGUAUUGGUGUACCUGGUGAGCAAACAGUUGCUGCACAAGCUAAUCCAUUGUUUAGUAAUCAACAGUUCACUGCUCCACAUUUAGUUCUGGUGAAGCCGGUGGAUGAAGAAUAUCUGGGGCCACGUGAAGCUCCACAUAAAUCUCCUCCCUACACGCACAAUUUCACAUCUCUUCAAAUGCGUUAUAGAGUGAUGACUAUAACAUUGGAGUAUUGGUUAUGUACCAUGAGUAAUAGCAGUUAUGAUAGUGGUAGUGUUGGUAAUGAUAGUGAUUGCAGUGAUGGUAGUGAUGCGUUGGCUAGCGUUAUCACUAUCAGGAAACCCGAAACAGCUUUCCCCAAUUUGACGAUGAUUCAUAUGAAUUUGUAA